AUGAUUGCAGAAGAAAGACAGCAAAAAUGGGCAGGCAAACAAGCCAAGAAAAAGGGAACGACGAAAGUAGCGUUUAAAGUUUGCUGUCCUCAUGAUGGAAUAAAGAUGAACAGCUCAAAGGAAUGUAGCAAGCAGGAGAAGCCAGUAUUGUCUUUCUCUAUUGAAGAGAUCUUAAAAAAACCAUCCACUGAGGUUUGCCUACACAACACAAUGACCUGCAGUAACCAAGCUGAAGCUGCUGAAAUCCUGAGAUUAGAACCAGUGAUGGGAAUGUGUAAGGAUGAGAAAAAGGGGAAGCGUAGGAUCAGGACAACAUUUACAGCAGAGCAACUCCAGGAACUAGAGCGAAUCUUCCAAGCAACACACUAUCCAGAUGUCAAUGUUCGCAAUCAGUUGGCAGCAAAAAUCAAUCUUCCAGAAGCCAGGGUCCAGAUCUGGUUCCAGAAUCAGAGGGCAAAGUGGAGGAAACAUGAACGGUUUGGCAAUUUUGGUGGUCUGCAGCAUCUAACUGAGGUUGAUUAUAUUCCUGCUCCAAAGGCAGAUAUAACAGGCCCUUGUCUAAUGUCCAGCAAUCUUUCUGGCAUGGAUCUCCAAACAUGGCACUACUCACCUAUGCAAAGGUAUUCCACAUCUGCCUGGUUACCUAACAUGUGGCCCUGUGGCCCUCUGACCAUGGAUCCUGUGGUGAUCUCCAAACAUUAUCAGCACCUUGACUAUCUCCCUCCAUACAGUCUAUCAGCUCAGCCACUGAAGCCAGCCUGGAGAUAUAUCAAUGCCAAUUUUACCUAG